AUGUUCAAAUUAUCAAACACAUGCAGUUCAACCUGCAAAGACUUCCCCAAAGAAAUCCCCUCGUAUGGGGAUAUAGGAGGAAUUGGUGUGACAUCAGCUUUUGUCCUUACGGCGUGGAUGGUGGUCGUUGUUCUCAUCGGAUACUAUCUCAAGGUCUAUGAUCCUAGAUUAGACCCUUUUCGAAAAGAGGGCACGCAAAAGGCUACGAAGUAUCCAAACUCGAUCGACUUUGCGGUUCACGAAAUCCUCCAGAGUCUCCCUUGGCCUAAGCAUGAUUCCAAAUAUAUUUCGGCUCAGUCUUCCAGACUCGGGACCGUCCUGAACGCUUGCGUCCUCAUGUUCGCUGAUGUCCAGAUCUUCACAUCGUUAGCAAUUCUCAUCAGCGCGUAUACUUCAGUUGGCUGCGACAUCGUUGCCUAUCACUGGCAAUACAUGAUCUACCUGGCAUGGCUUGCUUCAGUAACUCAUCUGGCCAGUCUCUCAUUUCUCCGCAACCAUCUCGCCAAUAAUCCCGCAAAGCGCACAUGGCGUCUAGUAGCCAUGUGCAUAAUCCAAGUCAUGCUAUCGGUGGCGGUAGGAUUGUCAAUGACUUUCGAUGGAGAUCCAUGGCUCGACUCUCAAGGUGGACGUCCUGCUAUCUGCUAUUUUAAAGAGCGGAUAGAUACAACCUCUAUUGCUUUUCAAUCAGCCAUCAAGUUUAUCAUUCUUAUCGUAUGGGGUCUCGCUAUUCGUAUUGCGAAGACUUUUGAGGGACUUGAAGGCGGGUUGCGUAGAAUUGCAUCGCUUCUGGAAGAAAUGGUAAAUUUGGACAGGAGACUUUAUCUAGACUCUACAGGAAGACGAUUGGGCUCCACGCCUCGCGCCUGGAGACAGUUGUUCGUUUCUUUCAGGAUUGGGUAUCUCUCAGUCAUAAGUAUUCAGCUGAGUCUUUUUACUUCGCUUCUUGCCGAGGUCUAUUGGUUAUUCUUUACCAUCAUUUGGAUUACAACGCGACUCGUCAAACUCCGCGUUCCCAGCAAUCAAGACGACAGCAAAUGGACGUUUGGUCAAGUUCUUCCUAUCAUCCUUCUCAUUGCGCCUCUUGCCCUAGCAAUCGAAGCCUUCUAUUCGUCACCAAAGGCCCAUGAGCCUAUUAAUGACCUACAAGAGAUUCCUGGGAGCAACUCAGACAUCAGAGAACUGUAUCAUAUCCACAGCCCAGCAUAUCGGGGUACAUUCUUCCUGGCGGUUCUGUCAUACAUCGAGAUUGCGGUCUAUUUCGUUCUCGACCAAGCAGAAACGCAAGGCAUUGCUACUCCUCUCUUUCAAAUCUUGACUUCGAUUUUUGUUCUCCAGCCCACGCUGCAGGCCUCUUGGUCCAUCUGCAAUCUAUGGCUUGACAAAAUGACUUGGAGCAUUGUAUUGAAGCGCUCAAUUCGCGAUGUUGUUCUACUCGUAUACUCUGCUAUCUCGCUUGCCGGAAACUUCAUAUCCUCGAGUGAUUCUCACAAUGGGUUUUUUCGUCUUCGCAGUUUAUACUCACCCAUGUUUUCCUGCUUUUAA